UACACUCAGUAAGGUUAGGUUUAGGCAAUACAUGGGCAUCACUUUGCUUGAAAGGUGGUGGAGAUAAAGACAUGGCAUGGAAAGUAGUAAUAUAGAUAUCAGCAGGAAUUACCUGCUUGAGCUGAGUGAAUGAAAAUCAGUAAACUAAAACGCCCAAAUGCAUCCUAUGAGAGAUUAAUCAGAUUCAUAGACAACAUAAACGCAAUACUACAACAUGCAUCUGCACAAAAUUACAUGAACACACAACUAUCUGUGAUAGCCAUAGUCAGGAGCUGAGUGCCAGUGGAGCGCAUGGUGAAAAUCAAUGUUCCUACAUUCAUACGUUAUGUUAGAUGCCAGACUCUCCUAUGUUGAAGUUCGCCGAUCCGUCUCGACGGAGCCGCUGUAUGGCCACAGUUCCGUGGCGGAUGCGAGGAUCGGAGUCGCGGCUGGUGCAGCCUCUGCUGCCCGCGCGCCCGCUGCUCUCUCUCGGGCUGCUGCAGCUGGUGCUCGGCUGCUCCAUGGUGGCUCUCUCGUUCGGGGCUCUCUCCCUCAGCAACUCGCCUCCUGUCCGCAAUUCCUGUCCGUUUUGGGCAGGAUCAUCAGUUAUCUUGUCGGGGAUCAUCGGCCUCACCACGUGGAAGCGGCCCAUGCUCCUGUUGGUGAAUCUGUUCGUGUUGCUGUCCAUGGUGUGUAUCCUGCUGAACCUGGCAGGCUUUAUCCUCUGCUGUCAGGGAGCUCAGCUGGUGUCCAGCACCAUCCAUUGUCAGCUGGAUGGGAAUAGUGAUAUCUGUAACUGCUGUGCUGAGAGCCCCAGCAAGUGUCAAGAUGAGGACGUGAUAAAGAUUUAUGCAGGACACUCAUGCGCGUCAAUGAGAGUGCUGCUCAAGAAAGUUCUGUUUGCGCUGUGCGCAUUGAAUGCGCUGACCACAGUAGUGUGUCUGAUUGCAGCUGCACUCAGGUACCUGCAGAUCUUCUCCACCAGGCGGCCCUGCAUGGAAGAGCCACGAAACGUUGCAGAGGAAGAAGAGCAGCCACACAUUCCUGAUCCUGAUGACUUUGUUCCACCCGCACCACCUCCUUCCUACUUUUCAACCUUCUACUCCUACACACCACGGCUGGCUCGCAGGAUGUUUGGUGACAGUGUGAUCCCGCUGCCUCACAUAUACGGGGCGAGGAUUAAAGGUGUGGAGGUUUUCUGUCCCCUCGACCCUCCUCCGCCCUAUGAAGCUGUAGCAGCAAGGCAGGCUGAGCCGUCCCAGGUGCAGGACCCUGAGGUUCAAGUGACAGAUCUGACGGGGGGGGUGUCGCACUGCUCCGAGAUGGACACGGCCAGCGACGAAAGGUGUAUGCAGACAGCCGUAUCAAGUUCCUCACCGCCCUCACAGUCCAUCACAGGCUCGAGCAGCAGAAAGCCACGUAGACAGCGGCAUCGCAGGUCCAACAGUGAUCCUGUUCUCCUGGACCUGACUGCUAAAGUAAUGAGCUGUGAGGCAGCCACGCAGACAGAAGUAGGUCCUGGGACAGCGGUGGUGUCGAGGCAUGAGGCGGAGCAUCCGGUUGUCACUCUGCGACGGGGGAGGGGCCACCGCCGACCACGCCCCUCUUCCAUGGUGGACUAUCAGAGCUACAGGGACACCAAGCUGCUAGUGGCGCGUUUCCUGCAGCAGCAGUCGCCGUGUAGCCUGACGCCAGAGGUGCAAGAGCUGAUCAACAGUAUAAAGAGUGUGCUGCGCACUGAUCAGGAACACAUGGAGGAGGCUGUGCGCUGUGCCACCUUAAUCCAGCAGGUGAUGAGCGUGUCAGAUAGCGGGCAGGCGCGGGCAUCAUGUGUCAGAGAGACGCAGCCAGAUUGCACGUCUGUUACACUGCCUCUGCGUAAGCGUCCGGGUCUCCUCCACCUGCGCAGCUGUGGAGACCUCAGCACCUUCACCUGGGCAGAGCUGCAGGUCAGUGGGCAGGGCAGACCGAGCUCCCGGGCCCACUCCAGGACGGGUUUUCGGACUGGAACACGCCGGCUGGCACAGGAGCGGCCCCACAGCCUGAUCGGUGUCUCGCGAGAAACUAUUAUCUAAAAGCUGAAAGGUUCUGUUCUCUGUGUGUUGGAGUGGAGGAAGUGACACAAAGCUUCAAAAAAGCAUACAUGUAGAAUUUGUGCCUUUUUUUUUUUGUUUUGGUGUUUUUUUUUUUUUUACAAGAAAGUGUGUAUUUGUAGAGUUCUGCUCUCGAUAAGUGUGAGUUUUCUAUGUUGCGUUCUGCACUGCACUAAACAGCACCAGAGCCACUACUGGUGGAUAUUAAAUUAGUAACGAUGCACUGCUUCCCCUAAAACUUUGCUAAACAGACACCUUUAUGAUAAGCUGGGAAAUAAAACUGAUAUUAUAUUUGUUACUGUGACUGAAGUUUUUGAUUUAUAUCAUCAAAGAUAUAAAGUCCAAGAAUCCUUUACUGAAACCCGAAUGAACAGCACAAGCUCAGCUCUGUAACUCGAUUAUUAUAAUUACAAAACAAACUUAACUUGUUAAACAAGAUGAAAACGAACUGCUGUAACGCCCCCUAGUGCUCUAAUGACUUUUUAUGACAAAAUAUCAUAUUCAUUAAUGCAGCUUUCUGAUAGAACUUUCAAAGAUGGUUUUAUUUAUAUUUCCAACGAUGCUGGUCGUGCUCUAGAACAAAUAUAACACGGCCAAUGAGAGGCCUUGAAAUCCAAAAGUUCCCCAUAAUGUGACGUGCAAGUUUCUAAUCAUUCUAUUAAUUUCGCCACCUGCCUUUCAGUCAUGUUUCUAUAUUUCUCUUCAGUUCCUGAAUUCAAGGUGCAUGUGUAAAGUAUAUUAAAACCAAAAUAGCCUAACUGGAGGGAUAAGUAUUAGGAUAAUCUACUGGAUCACUCCAUCACGUCUUUGAAGCUGAUCGUUCUGUCGGUUACUUCAGAUUUAAAACGUGUAUCAGGAACGAUGAGGGCUGAAUAAAUUCUUUUUAAAAACUCGAGUGUGAGGAAAUGUGCAGCCGUGUUGUUGCCGGGUCUGUGGAAAGAAAAAUGCUCCUCCUGCUCUUUACUGAGGGAUUAAAGUUUCUAAAAAUAAAAAAAACACAGGAAGCUUGUGUAUAUAUUUUCUCUUUAAGUCAUUUAUUGUCGUAAAUACUGUUACAAACAUUCCUGCUAUGGCGUAGGAAUGUGGCUCAAUGAUUCAUCACAGAAAAAGCUCGCAAAUAAAUAAACAUUGCCUUUGCUUUACAGAAAGUGUUAUUUUUUUUUACCCUAUUUCUUUACCAUAUAGACAAACAUAGAUAUAAGUUUAAAUACAUUCAGAGCAAGUGCAUAAGAAACACUAGUCAAACCCACCAUCUACUCUUUCAUCUUAAUCAGAACACCACCACAAGGCAAUAUGUUUCCUCUCGCAGUACAGACACGACUGUGUACUUCACAUCUGUGUGUUCAGUGUGUUUUGGGGGAAGUUUAGUCUCGACUGUGUUUCAACAAUGACCAUAAAGCAGCACGUACAGUGAUUUUCGAUUUUUGUUCUCCCAUGUAAACCCAUCCAAAGCCGACAACAUCAUCAAAGCUUGCAUAUAUGUGGCCUUGUUUGUAUACGCAGAACUGCAGAAUUGACGUUUAUAUUUGAAUAUAACUGAAUUCGGACUGAUCGCUCCUGUAGUACGAUCCGAAUUUGCUAUUAACAUUUUGCAGUUUUUCUGUACACCGGAGCUCGAUUAAGUGUCGCACUGCAGCUU